GGGCGCCGACUGAUUACGUAGCGGGCGGGGCCGGAAGUGCCGCUCCCUGGUGGGGGCUGUUCAUGGCGGUUCCGGGGUCUCUAACAUUUUUCCGGGUGUUGGUUGUAAAUCCGUUCGCAGCGGAGGCACCAGGGCUGGAGGUUCUUGCUGGUGUGAAAUGACUGAGUACAAACUGGUGGUGGUUGGAGCAGGUGGUGUUGGGAAAAGCGCGCUGACAAUCCAGCUAAUCCAGAACCACUUUGUAGAUGAAUAUGACCCCACCAUAGAGGAUUCUUACCGAAAACAGGUGGUUAUAGAUGGUGAAACCUGUCUGCUGGACAUACUGGACACAGCUGGACAAGAGGAGUACAGUGCCAUGCGAGACCAGUACAUGAGGACAGGCGAAGGCUUCCUCUGUGUAUUUGCCAUCAAUAAUAGCAAGUCAUUUGCAGAUAUUAACCUGUACAGGGAACAGAUUAAGCGAGUCAAAGACUCAGAUGAUGUACCUAUGGUGCUAGUGGGAAACAAGUGUGAUCUGCCAACGAGGACAGUUGACACAAAACAAGCCCACGAACUGGCCAAGAGUUACGGGAUCCCAUUCAUUGAGACCUCAGCCAAGACCAGACAGGGUGUCGAAGAUGCCUUUUACACGCUGGUCAGAGAAAUCCGCCAGUACCGAAUGAAAAAACUCAACAGCAGUGAUGAUGGGACUCAAGGCUGCAUGGGGCUGCCCUGUGUGGUGAUGUAACAAGAUACUUUUAAAGUUCUAGCAUCGGAGGAGAGCCAUUGUCAAGCUGCACUGACACCCUGGUCCCGACUUCCCCGGAGGAGAGAGGAGUGUUCCCGUCGCUGCCGUCAGCUUCACGAGCAGCGGCGGCCCCGCCACUUCCCAGCUCCCGGUAGACCAGCACAUCAUUCUCUGUUUGAGAAGUUCUCGGAGUAACUACCUCCUCACUCGGUUGUCUGACCAGAGAAAUGAACCUCUUGCUACUACUCCCCGAUAGUUUUCCACUCUGGGUUCUUCCCAGACACACACCUCUGUCACCCCAGGUUUCUCAUCUGAUGAGCAAUUCACACUCCGAAACAGAACCAAACUGUAGACAUUAAAUUCUCUAGAAAACAAUGUCUCGAGCUCUCAUGUAGCAACUGCUGGAGAUUUUUUUUUUUUCUUUUUACUGUUGAACUUGGAACUAUAUUGGUUUUUGGAGAAAUGUCAUAAGUAACUGUUUUGCUGAGGCUAUAGUUAAUGUUGUCGGUGUUUGGUUGUUUGUAAUGUUAUCAGCUAUAUUCUGUAAGCUGGCAUCUGCUCCGUAUUCAUAAGUACAGAGGGGAAUAUGGACUUUUGAGUCUAUCCUAGCCCUCUCGACUUUCAUGCAAUUAAACCUGACUUUCACAGUGAAGUGCCUUUUUCCUAGGAGUGGGUUGUGAGCUCCCUUUCCAACCCUGCAGUGGAAUGGAUGUCCUGAAACCAGUAUAGGUGACAGUGAAUGUCUGAGGUAUGAGUAGGACCUGUCUAUCUUUGAGAGAAAGAUAAUACAUACCAAUAUGGUAGCAGAUGCCAUUUCUUACAUGUGUGAAGUCCGCUUUCCAGAGACCUGUUUUUAGGUUCUCCCAAGAGAAGGAUGAAACUGGAAACAAGUAUAAAUAAUUUCACUUAAUUUUUACCUGUGCUCCACUUUUUUUUUUGUAGGUUACUACCUAUCAAAUGUAUGUAAUUUGUUUCUUCUAGCUUACUGGUAAUCUCUUGUUCAAUGAACUUCCAUUCGUAUUUAAAUUUGGGUUAUAUCAGAAGGCUCUACAUUUGCAGGUGUGCAAAACCGUAAAAAUUCGAUGCAGCUUUAUUUAAUAUUGCGAUCAGUGAUUUUCAAACAGUGUAUUAACCCACACUUUCGAUGCAUAUCCUGGUGUCUCAAUGAUGUGUGUGUCCACAGUUGCCCUUAGCCCCUCACCCGCUGCGGUUUGAUUGUUUCCCCUGAGUAAAGCAUGGUGCUAAAUGGACCAGGCCACUGCUUCGGAACUCGAGCGAGCCAGUUGGCAUCACGGAGAGAGAAGUCUUCCCCAUGUGCUUGUUGCACCGGCAGCCCCAGCCGGUAGCUUUGCCAGAUGUGGGCGGUUGGCCGUGCACGGAAGGAAGAGGCCAGCUCACACAAGCCCUCCCUCCAUCAUGACUGGGGAAGCGUGGUGUCCUGAGGAGGGCCAGCCUAGCGGUCUUUAUAAAUAAACUGUCCAGACUUCUUUUAGCCACGUGGAAACCGAACGAUGCCAAUAUUUUUUCUCAUGUUUUUAAGGAUGGGGGUACCUCAGAUCAAUUUUUUUUAAUCCUCACCAGAGAAUGUGUUUAUUGGUUUUUAGGGAGAAGAAGGUGCUGGGGUGGGGAGAGAAUAACAUCCAUUGGGCACUUCCUAUACAUGCCCCCAGCUGGGGAUCGAACUUGCAACCUUCUGGUGCGUGGAAUGAUGCUCCAGCCAACUGAGCUUCCCGACCAGGGCUCAGAUCAACUUUUUUAAAUUUUCUUUUUCAUAAUGUUCUGUAAAGGUUUUAAAACAAAGUGUUGAUUGAUUAGUCUGUGCAUCAAAGAUAACAAAUGUAAAUGCUGAGUUUGUUCAGAACAAGAAGAUGACUUUGGGUUGGAAUUGCUGUUUGAGAAAGGCAUGGAAACACAGUGAAUUGUUAGUUACGAGGCUUUGGGGGCUCGGCUGUUCCACGUGCAAAUAAUGUCCUGGUAAUUCUAAUGAAACACAGACAACUUGAUACAAGCCUGGCCCCAAACGGCCGCUUGCUGUCCUGGUCUGUUAAUAUGUAAAUGUUUUACCAGGGUCCUCCAGCUUCAAACAGGGAUUUCAUUUACUCAGCACGCCCCCAUUGCCUCUGAGUGAACCCAGAAGAGGGGAAGGCGCCGGGGCUGCGCACAGAGAGUGGCAAACCCAGAGCUGCGCUCCUCAGCCGCAGCGGCCGUUCUGAGAGUCUUCACAGUGCUGUGGGUGCCUGCGGGCAGGGACUCCGCUGCUCCCGUCCCUGCUCCUGAGUGCCACUCCUCCUGCAGCUGGAUCAAAGCUUGUCACCUCAGUCGUCAUCCUGGUGGUCUUCCUCAUCCUCCUCUUCUCGUCCAUGUGACUGACAGUGUGAUUUUUCUCUGAUGUCAAGUUAGGGGGGAAGGUGGGACUGAUGUGGGGCCCUGUGCCCACUGCGCUCUGUGGGUGUGCCUGAUCGUUUCCUCAAGUGUGUUGCGAGCACAGGUGUGUCUCAAGGGGCCAACAUUCAGACUUGAAAGUGUUCUUUCAGUAGCGUCUUAAGCAGUUACAUGUAGGUGUGAGUUUUGGCGCAGCGGAGUGACAGAGAGCGGAAUGCUGAGCCUCUUCAGCUGGUGCGGUGUGAAAGGUGGUGUUCAGAGUGUGUUUGUAAUUGCUGAAAAUAAUUCUGGUUUACCUCAAAAUCCGACAGUCUCUUUCCCCAAAUUAAGUGCCUGGCCAGCUGUCAUCCAUUACACAUCACUUCGGUGGUUUGUCUUGUAAAGGUCGUACGUUCGAGAGUGUGGAAAUGCGAUGUUCUGCCCGAAGGCUGCCGUGCCUGGUGUGGUCAGUGCUGCACUCGCUCCCAGCAGCGCCCUGGCGGACGUUCCCUGGUCACACAGUGUCACACCUGUGACAGUGUUCACUUUAGGGGUGUACCGGGUAAAAUGAGUCUCAAUAUGUAGUCUAGUGGGGCCCGCCUGUAGUCGUUCACCAUCCUUUAAACUGCUGUGAAUUUUUACCUUGACUUGAAAGCAAGAAUAGAGAAACACUUCAAAGAGACACUUUUUUCUCCCGUUCCAGAGCUGGUGAGCGUACUCAUCCUCUGCUUUGCAUUCGCAGUCCUGAGCUCCUCCGAGCUGGCAGCUACAACCAGGAACCCAGACGCGGUGCACUCGGCCUCCUGUAACUCAUCUCUGCUAAUACAUGGCAAGAAAGAAGGAUAGUUAAUUAGGGAAAAUAUUUUAUUUGGGUGGUUUCCAUAAACGAGGGACUGUAACUCUCAUACAUUAUUUCUCAUCUUGGCAGUGUGCCUCAAAAUUAUUUUAAAGUGUUUCGUGUAAGAACUGUUUGAAAAGUGUUGUUACUAUCAGAGUAGUUGUAGAUAUAUUUCAAAUGUAACUGGCGAUUUUUAAAAACCUGAAAACUGACCUGAGAAGCAAUUGUCUGAACUCUGCCCUGGAGGGAAGGGAUGGUCUCAACAGAUGGUGUGUGGCCUGCAGGCGGCUGUGCCGUCACACAGG